UUUUGGAGCAGUUCUGGCGAGGAAUUCGUUUUAUUUCAACAUAAAAACUCAUUUUUCUUGCUCCUGUCUGUUUUAGAAUAUCUGUUCUAAAACCAAUUCAAAUGAGACAUUAAUAAAGCAAGCGCUCCACCUGGUGGGAGUGAAAAAAUAGUUUUUAUGUUAACAAAACGCGCAGAAUUCCUUCCCUGACGCAGUCCACAUAUGACUCUGUUUUGUGUUUUCACAGUGAUAUAUCGUAGAAAGAGGUUUUCCAUCGUCCACUAACUUUCCACCGCAACACAAAUCAUGUUGUUACGUUGGCGAUAGGAGGGCCCGUGGACAUGUAAACGGGGCGGUGGUUUUUUAUUCGGCAAUUGAAAUAAUUGCAUUAAUCAAAUUCAUCCAUCAUAGUCGUCAACGGUGUGAUAAAAAUAUGGAAGCUGAUUAUCAGCCGUCACCGAGUCCAGCGAGGGCUUUGACAGGUAUAUCGAAUGACGUUGAAGAUCCAUAUCCGAGCCUCUCUGAUUAUCACGACUACGAGCCAAAUUUAGAGUUUGACGACACCGAACUUCAAGCACCUCCAAAUAAUGCAACACAACUAUUGGAGGAGAAGUUGGAGUUGAGUAUAGCUGGGACAGGGACAGUGGUUGAUUACUUGGAAAGUCCAGUGAGUGAUGGAACGAUAGAGGAAAACUUUGAGGAAGCACUGGUGGACGCCCCCGUAAUCGAGAAUGCUGAAGAUCUGGCUGCCUUAGAUGAGGAGCUGGCUGACGAGGAGGAUUACCACGAUAUUGCGAGGCUUGGUAUUGUGGAAGUGGUGGGUGAUGACAGUGCUGGACGCAAGGUCAUCGUUGUAUCCGCCUGCAAACUCCCAGCUGUUGGCAAGGAGGUCUUCAAUCACGCCAAGCUUCUUCGAUAUCUCACACAUACACUGGACACAUUUGUCGAGCAGGACUACAGUUUAGUUUAUUUUCAUCAUGGCCUUACCUCGAAGAACAAGCCACCGUUAUCGUGGCUAUGGCAGGCGUACAAGGCGUUCGAUAGGAAAUAUAAGAAAAAUCUGAAGGCACUUUAUUUAGUUCACCCCACUAACUUCAUCAGGAUUGUCUGGCAGAUAUUUAAACCGGCUAUUAGUGCUAAGUUUGGACGAAAAAUGAUGUACGUCAAUUAUCUCGAUGAAUUGGCAACGCAUAUAAAUUUGGAUCAACUUAUCAUUCCACAACAAGUGCUGGAGCACGAUGAGCAGCUCAUGCUGAAGACGAGGAAAAAUCUGCCAACGAGUCCGCCAUCUAGCUCCCUGGCAACGCCAAUUGCAACGACGCAAUUUGGUGCCAGUUUACAGUUUAUCAAAGAGAAUAAUGCUGGCGAUCCCAUUCCACCGAUUGUCAGACAAUGCGUGGAGUUUCUCGAUACACCUGAUGCAUUGGAGACUGAGGGCAUUUUUCGUCGAUCUGCAAAUGUUGCUGUUGUCAAGGAAUUACAGAAUCAGUGCAAUCACGGAUUGCCUGUUGAUUUUCGAGGCGAUCCACACAUUGCUGCUGUACUUUUGAAGACUUUUCUGAGGGAACUCGAUGAACCCCUGAUGACUUAUGAACUUUAUGAUGAAAUCACGCAGUUUCAAUCUUUAUCAAAAGAUGAACGUCCACGUAAAGUGAAAAUUCUCGUUCUCGAAAAAUUACCGGAAGAUAAUUAUCAAUUACUGAAGUACAUAGUGCAGUUCUUAUCUAGGGUAAUGGACAGAUCUGAUUUAAAUAAGAUGACAUCCAGCAAUCUAGCCGUUGUAUUUGGUCCAAACUUGGUGAGAGCCCCCUCCUCGGUGGGAAUGUCCUUGUCAGCGAUAGGACCGAUAAAUCAAUUCAUUGAUUUCCUGUUCGCGUAUCAAGAUAAGAUAUUCAUCAUAUAAACAAAAAUUCCUCCAGAAUUGCGUUUAUUUCAUGGCCUAAUCAGUCCAUUCGAGUAAUUAAACCUGAAGUCAACAUUUGAUGACUAGAAACUCCCCCGAAACAAUUUGUCGAAAGAAAAACAAAUAUGUUGACAUUGGCAUCGGAAGUUGUGAUGAUUAUUCUCGAGUAUAAUUUCCUUCAUUUUUGUAACUCUACGUAAUACUCUCCGAUGAUGUCAUACUAAUACAGAAACCUAGUCACAACAGAAAGCACAAUGGAUGUACUAUUGGGACGAAUUUAAAAUGCGAAAACAAAAUGAAAGGUUUAUAUCUCUUUUUUUUUUAAAAAAAAGGUGUCAAAAUAUUUAUACUGAAUUUUUUUGAUUGUAUACCAAAGAUGAAAAGAAACGUCAUACUUUUAAUUGUAGGAAAAGAGGAAUAAAUAGUUUAAUUUGAAGACAAAAAAGAGAAACAAUUGAGAAAAAAAAACACGCGAAGGAAGGAAAUGAAAGAGAAAAAUGUAAUAAUCGAUAAUUUUAUUAACGAGAUGCCUUAGAGAAUCGCACUAAUUCUAGUAAUCGAGUGAGUAAAUAAUUUUUUUUUUGUAAUAAAAACCAUUCUUCAAGUCCUGUAACGACUCAAAAUAAUGAAAAACAGUUGAAUUGAAAAAUAAUGGGAAAAAAAACAGUUUAGCUAAACAUUCCAUGACUUUUUCACCUACGAGAGGUCUCAAACUCAUUGCAACUAAUACCGGCCAUUGAAAAUAAAAUAUAAUGUGUAUAGAAUGGAUUUUUAAACUACCGGUCAUAUCCUUUUAAUUGAUACAAACCUUUGUAAAUAUAAUUAAUUCACUUGAAUGUAUAGAGAAAUGAUAAAAAUUAGAUUUUAGGUAAGAGAAAAGAUGGUAAAUUGGAUUGGUAAACUUAUUUAUGCAAGAGAGAUGAAAUGAGCAAUUCCGACUGGUCGUUAUGAUGUGUUCAAGACUAUUACACAUGCAAAACAAUUACACUAAUUCUUUGUGUUAAUCUUUUCUUAAAGCAAGGAGUCACGUGUUUCUCCGAUGUUCUUUUCAAUAAUUUAUGUCUCUAAUCCAAAAUUUAACCCAGUAAUGGAACGAGAGAAACGUGUAUAUUUAAAAAUAGUUGGAUAUGUUUAACAUAAUCCAUUAUAAUAUAUUAAACAUGAAUCAUUGAAUGGGAGUGUCAUCGAUGCCACCAAUCAUUGAAAUAAAACCUAGACUUCACAAUUGAA